UCAACUUUUACAAAUAAUUGAGAUGGAACUAGAAAAUAUUCUAUUUUACAAAAUACAAAGAAUUAAUGACUGUGAUGAGUGUAAAAAGGCAAUCAAUGAAAUAAACAAAUUUGAAAAGUAUUUAGAAGAAGAGAAUAAUCCAAAGCUUUCCAUGGAUUGCAAGCAAACAAUCGGCAAUUAUAUUGAACUUAAUCGUCGAUCAGCAUCAUCAAAGCUUGUGCAUAUAGUAGAAGCUGGCUUUCUUCAAAAAGAGACUUGGAAUUUGUUGCGAAAUAAUACAUUAUCAGCGUACCCAGUCAAAUCAGUAGAGAAUUUAAUAUAUCUCGAGGUUGAAUCUAUAUACUCAAGUUGGUGGAAUUCGACAAUUGAAAGUGAAUACAAAAAUGGAACACUUCCAGAUUUACAUGAAGUCGGUCGUUUAACAAAACGAGUUUUACAAAAACAAGAUAUUGAUACUAUCGAAGAAAGGCUUGAUAAUUUGACAGAUUUAAUUUUAAAGGGAAAAUCUCAACAUUUUUAUAAUGGGAUAGUGAGCGAUCUCAAAAAUAAAAUAGAAAAAACGCUCUCUGAUUUUACAAUAACCAAACCUUUUCUCAUUUUUAAACGUAAUGCUCACAUUUAUGCCUUAUUGAAAUUUAAACAAAGAUUAUCAGAAUAUCAGAAAAAAUGGGAUGAAGAAAAUCAUCCACUUAAUAUACUUGAGCAAAAAAAAGAAGAAUACUUUAAUGUUAUUAGAGUUCGACUUCAACAUGAAUCUACACUUGUUUCCGAAGCAUAUAUUGUUGCAAACUAUUUAUUAAGAGUUAUUCAUAAAAAAGCAAUGAAAGCAGGGAAUCACGCACUAAAAGAUGCAGUGAAUAAGAUUCCAUGGAUGACUAGUACAGAAACAGUUAGAUUACAAUAUUUUGAAGAGCUUGCUAUUGAGGUUCAAAAUGGCAAUAAAGAAAAUGCUUUAAAUCAUUUCAAAAACCCGAAAUAUCAUAUUGAAAACUGGUUUAAAUCCACUGUUGAUAACACAGUAAAAGGAAAUCCAGUGCAGAAAUACAAUGAUACUUAUAGUAAAGAAAUAAAACGUGUCUGUAAUGAUAUUUGUAACUGUAAAGAUUAUAAAGAAAUUGAAUUAUUUGUAAAUAAUUAUAUGACACAGGUUGACAAAAUAGACUACAAAUGUAAUCUUGAAGAUUCUAUAAAACUUGAAAAUUUCAAAACUUUUAGUGGCAUUAUUAUAAAAGAGAUUAAAAACAAAAUAAAGGAGAUUAGUGACAAUAUAGAUAAUUGUUAUUCAAACCAAAAAAAUAAAGAACCGUUUCAAAGGCUAUCUGAAGAUAAAUCUAUUAUGAAAAUGCUUGGAUGCACUGAAAGUUGCUACUGGUGUGGUGCUUUAUGUUGGGGAUCUUUAGGUCAUCACGAAAAUAGUGAUGAUUCGAAAAUACACCACGCCAGUCAUCAGCCACGUGGUUUUAGAGGAACAAAGGACCAAGAAACAAGAGAGCUUAUACCAAUAGCAUGCCAUCAAAGAAAAGAUUUGAUAAAAUGUGAUAAAUUGUUUAAUGAUCUCAUGUGCUGGUUCUUUGAAAAGUUGAAUGAAGAUCUGGCAAAUUACUAUGUAUGUGAGCCGGCAUCUCGUGACAGUUUAAACCGAAAUGGUUGUUUAAAUUUGAAUUACGAUGAUAUUAUAAGUGAACUUAGAGAGAAACUUUACUCAACUCUCAAUCCAACUGAAUACGACACUUUACGUGCACUAAAAAAUAGAAUUCAAAGCUUUUUAGUUUCAGUUUUCAGAAAAAGAUUGGAUUAUUGA